AUGGAAACCGAUGUCCCCGCAGCGGAAGAGAGUGCAAAAGAUAUUGCCAGCGACAAUAUCAACGAAAUGGAAUCUGAGAAGAGCGAGGGUAGUGUGGUGGAUGAUGCAGAGACAGAAGAAGAUAUACAAGGCGAAGUGGAGGAUUGUCCGUCGAUAAUCAUAAAGCUCAAGUUGGGCCCCAUGGGCGUAGCCGGGAAGAAGCGAAAGAGAGCUCCUAGCCCACCACCUAGCCCACAAACACAGCAACCGGAAGAACCUGAUAUAGCUUCGGUAGCUAAUCCGAUUGAUACACCUAGGAAAAUUGCAGAGAAGCAGCGGAUUGAAAAUGUGAAGAGGCUUCUGGCAUUAAUUGCUGUGGGAGUAGGUCAAAUUCAGGCUUCAGGGGAGAAAGUUGCUCCUAAACUGGACAAGGAUAUAGCUGGGCCGCCACCAAAGAAGUUUAAACCAAUGAGAGGGACAACCCUGGCAAGUGGACAUUGGUUUCUCUAG